UUCAGUUUCUGUCUUUUUCCCAUGACAUCAUCACUUCUCUUAUCAAGAUCAUUCCUUUCCCUCACACUCAGACCUUCACCUUCUUCUUCUUCUUAUCGUUCUUCGAUCUCCAUGGCGAAUCUAACAACAACAACGAACGCGAAAGCUCGCCUGAGAGGCGUCGUAUUCGACAUGGACGGGACCUUAACGGUUCCGGUCAUCGAUUUCGCGGCAAUGUACAGGACUGUCCUCGGUGAAGACGAGUACAAGCGAAUCAGGGCCGAGAGCCCUACCGGAAUCGAUAUUCUUCACCAUAUCGAGUCAUGGAGCCCCGAUAAGCAGCAGAAGGCGUACGAAAUCAUCGCCGAUUACGAGCAACAGGGGAUUGAUAAGCUCCAAAUCAUGCCUGGUGUUGUUGAACUAUGUGGCUUUCUUGAUUCCAAGAAGAUGAAGAGGGGGCUAAUUACACGCAAUGUUAAGAAGGCAAUUGACAUAUUCCACCAACGUUUUGAGGUUGUCUUUUCUCCGGCACUAGGCAGAGAGUUUCGUCCAUAUAAACCAAACCCAGACCCGCUGCUGCAUAUAUGUUCUGCAUGGGACAUCCAACCUAAUGAAGUCAUGAUGGUUGGUGACAGCUUGAAAGAUGAUAUAGCUUGUGGGAAAGGAGCUGGAGCUUUCACAUGCUUGCUUGAUGAAACUGGAAGGUAUGGACCAGAUGACUUUUCUGUCUCUGGACUGCAUCCUGAUUUUAAGGUUGAUUCUCUGUCCAAAAUUCAGAACAUAUUGGAGAGGAACUUCGACCUCAACCCAUAGUUUUUUUUUUCCCGGUCUCCAAGUUCCUCAUCUUAUAGUCUCAGUGAACCUACUCAAUACAAAAGGCUGUAGUUUGCAACAAGAUUAUUAUUGUAAGAGAUAUAAUGCAUUACAAUGUAUAAUCUGUUCAGGAUAGCCAUUGAUUAUAAAUUACAGAGUUCUAUUCGUCUGCCA